AUGUAUUUUCUCGGUCAAGGCCGUUUGGGACAAGGAGGUAGGUUUGGUUUAUCAGAGCGUACCAUACAUGACGAUUUUAACCCCGUUACAAGAGUUUGUGUGGGGAAUUAUAUUACUUUCUAUGGCUUAACAAUACACACAGUUAAUACUGAAAAUCUACAAGAAAUAAAAUGCAAGGCUAUGCUUCUUAUAGUGGAGGCCCAGUUGGGUUUGGUAACUUGCCUGUUGUUUUAUCAUGUCUAAUCAGGUGAUCCCAACAGUAAGUAUAUUUCAAGUACAGAACGCAGCAACGUAAUUUCAAAAUUUGUACAAGAGAAACUUAUUAGUGAAUUAUGUGUAGAAGAGUGGAAAGAUUGGCGAAAGUGCAUACGAGGAAAACGAGGCGAGUGGUUCGGCACAUGGAAAUGCAAACCCAAAUAUCAGAUAUUUGAACAGUGUCAGAUGAGGUACCUUCUAGACCUAGAUGAACUGAAAAAAUUUGAAGAGGAAUACUUAAGCAUACGUAGUGAAUAUCGAAAAACUGGUGUGGGUCGCGCUUUCAUGACGAAAGAACGAAUACGAGAACUUUGCGAGUUGUAAAUGCCCCCUUUUAUAAUUGUAGCACACUCCAGUUCAUAAAUAUAUAUAUAACUAUGAUUA